AUGCACCUUUCAGUGAGUGGCUUGGCUGCCAUGCUGCUGGCAUUCACCGAGCUUGGUUCCGCUGAGGCAGUAUGCAGGAACCCUUUGGUCAGAAAGGAAUGGCGUACCCUCAGUAACAAGGAGAAACAGAGCUACAUUGCUGCUGUGAAGUGCUUACAGAGUGCACCCGCCAAGACCAGCUCCACCUACCCAGGCGCAGUCUCGCGGUUCGAUGACUUCCAAGCAGAACACAUCAACAGAACGGACUUUAUUCACUUUGUGGGCUUCUUCCAGCCGUGGCACCGCAUGUUCGUGGCUCAGUAUGAGGCGGAUCUAAGGUCUACUUGUGGUUAUACUGGGGCCCAGCCGUAUUGGAACUGGUCUGCUGAUGCAACUUCCGAGGAAGCUUUCGUGAAGGCUCCCGUGUUUGACGCUGUCAAUGGAUUCGGAGGAAACGGAAACUACAUCGACUCAUCAAACGAUACUAAUGUGCGACUGCAUAUUCCGGGGAAGACUGGUGGCGGCUGUGUCCAAAAUGGCCCCUUCAAGAACAUGACCGUCAAUAUGGGUCCAGGUUGGGAUCUCCUGACAAGCUUCUACGGGUUUGAUACUAACACACGCGAAGGAUUCAACACCUCCUACAGUCCUCACUGCUUGACUCGUGAUUUGGCACCUCCAUUCGCGAUUGAAAAGCUCAACCACGCGGCAGUGCUUCAUGCACUUGAAGCACCGAAUUAUUAUGAGUUUGACAUCCGUGUCGAGGGAGGGGUCGAUGUCCCGGGCAUGACCUACCAUGGAGGUGGCCAUCUUGGUGUUGGCGGAGACCUCGGCGAGAUUGGGAACGUGUACUCUUCACCUGGAGAUCCGCUCUUCUACCUGCACCACGCGAACAUGGAUAGGCUAUGGUACACGUGGCAGAAGCUGGACUGGCCGGCGCGUAGGAGUGACAUUGGUGGACCAGACACGCAGUUCGCCUACCCUUUCGCCUUUUUUGGCGACAUUCCAUACUCAAACGUGACGCUCGAUUAUACCAUGGAUUUCGGCUCACUGCGGAAGAAUAUCAAGAUUCGCGAAGUUAUGGACCCCCAGAGCGGAGCUCUCUGCUACAAGUAUCUUUAG